GGAGCCUCGCUCUGUCAUAAUGUUACUGCAUACAGAUUAAAUACAUGACUUUUUAUUUUAGCAGGUUAACGUACAGUAGCUUCAUGUGGAACUGAAUGUAACUGAAGGUGACGGCUAACCAGCGAGCUAACAUUACCGUUAGCUACCCUGUCAGAGCUGACGACGAAGGAAACAACCAAGUGUUCUUUAUGUUUCACGGAUGAAAUCAGUGCUCACUGGGGGAACGGCAGUGUUUUUCAAGAGGACAGAAAUGUGUCUCGUGGACUCGGACGUCUCGUCGAAGAAGACACAAAACAAGGACUCGUGAUAAACAACAGCUCUGUGUUGACAUUUGCGUUGCAUCCUUUGGAUAUUUUAUGCUAACAGUGGCUGUGGACGGAUGUUGGCUAGCUUCAUAGGUCGCUACAGCUUGUAUUUUAGAUAGACGAAGAUAAAUUUACUUUUAGCAUCACUAAACAAGGUAUAAGUGAUUUGCAUAUUAUCGUUAAGAUGUUAGCAGAGAGCUCCCGUGGGCAGCAGCUAUGACGCUCGGUGUAGCCGCAGGGUUAUGUCACUGUCAGGCUAACAGAUAGCUCGCUGUCUGCAGACGCUUCCUGUCUUUGCAUGGUCAUGUCCAGCUCGGGUGGAAUCAUGUAACGUUAAACUGUCCCUCUGAACAGGUUAGGUGACCGGGGACACACAGUGUGGUAGCGGAGGGUAACGUAAAGCUGGAUUGCAGCUAUCCAACUGGGUCAAAGACUGACAGCUGGCACCCAUACAGUUCAGCUCAGGAUUGUCGUUGGCCAUGCUCAGAGCCGUCUGUCCAGUGUGACAUUACAAACAACUUGUUUAGAAGGCACGUGAAUGCAUCAUGUCCUCACUGCAUCUCGUCUUUAUGCAAUAAGGAACAUCAGAGCAGCCUGUCAUGAAGUAAAUCCGUAGUGCAGGAAGCAGCAUUACCAGGACCGACAGCAUCAUCUGCUCUGGGAUUAUUUUCUGAAGAGACCAACAACGUUUGACAUCAGCUGGACCACCAGCCCGUCAUAAUGGAGACUGUGGGAGAUUUUGAGUACAGCAGGAAAGACCUGGUUGGACAUGGAGCCUUUGCUGUGGUGUUCAAAGGGAGACACAGGAAGAAGACCGAUUGGGAGGUUGCCAUCAAGAGCAUUAAUAAGAAGAACCUGUCCAAGUCCCAGAUCCUUCUUGGCAAAGAAAUCAAAAUCCUGAAGGAGCUGCAACAUGAAAACAUUGUGGCACUUUACGAUGUCCAGGAAAUACCCAACUACGUUUUCCUGGUCAUGGAGUACUGUAAUGGAGGGGAUCUUGCCGACUAUCUGCAAGCCAAGGGGACACUAAGAGAAGACACAUUAAGGGUUUUCCUCCAGCAGAUUGCUGCUGCCAUGCGCAUCCUCAACAGCAAAGGAAUCAUCCACCGUGACCUGAAACCACAGAACAUCCUGCUGUCGUAUGUGGGUCGCAAGAAGUCCAACAUUAGCGGCAUCCGCAUCAAAAUAGCUGACUUUGGCUUUGCACGGUACCUCCAGAGUAACAUGAUGGCAGCCACACUCUGUGGGUCACCUAUGUAUAUGGCCCCAGAGGUCAUCAUGUCCCAGAACUAUGAUGCCAAAGCCGACUUGUGGAGUAUAGGGACGGUCAUCUACCAGUGUCUGGUUGGCAAGCCACCUUUCCAGGCCAAUAGUCCCCAAGACCUGAGGAUGUUCUACGAGAAGAACAAGAAUUUACAACCUGUCAUCCCAAGGGAGACAUCCCAACAACUUGGUGACCUUUUGCUCGGGCUGCUGCAAAGGAAUCAGAAAGACAGGAUGGACUUUGAUGCGUUUUUCAGCCAUCCAUUCCUGGAGCCUUCAUCCACCAUUAAAAAAUCGUGUCCGGUGCCAGUCCCCAGCACCUCCAGCGCAGUGACGGACAGCUCAUGUGGUAGCUCCCCAUGCAUCCGCUACAACUCACCUCCUUCUCUCCCAGACAUGCAGACACUAGCAGAAGAUGGUCUUUCAUCCCCUCCGCUCGGCUCGCCCAACUUCCUGCAGCUGUCUAAAGAGUCUGCAGGCAGCACCAGCAGCAAAAACUCGUCCUGUGACACUGACGACUUUGUCCUGGUGCCUCAUAUCUCCACUGACAGCUAUGACCAGCCAGUUGGAGCGGGGCGUCGGCCGUCCAGUGAGUUCCUCAUGUGUGGAGGGCAGCUGCAGCCCAUCCCCGGACAGACAUCCAUGGUGUCCCCACGGGCCGAGACCACCCCCAUUCCUGUUCCCACCCAGAUCCGCAACUACCAGCGCAUCAAGCAGAACCUCUCCAGCAGUCCGACAACCACGCUGUACAGCUCCCCGAGGUCUGGCACAGUGAGGCGCUCCAACACCAGUCCUAUGGGGUUUCCCAAGGUGGGCUCAGGGUCCCCCAGCUCUGCAGAUGUUCCUCAGACAGUAGGCAGGCGCCUCUCCACCGGCAGCUCCCGUCCCUACUCCCCCUCGCCUCUGGUGGGCACUAUUCCCGAGCAGCUGGGUCACUGCUGCUGUCACCUGCAGAGCCAUGAGCCUCGUAGCCGCAGCUCCUCAGGAGGUUCCCCAGUCCCAUCUUCUCAGCUCCUGGGGGCCCGGCUCCAGAGCGCCCCCACCCUGACUGAGGUUUACCAGACCAGGCAGAAACUGCACAAGCAGCUGUCAGACCCUGUUCAGCCGUCCUCCUCCUCCUCCUGCAAUCAUUCCCCUCAGCUCGGCCGACCAGUGAACCUGGGCUCCUCCCCCACCAAGCUCCUGGGUUCCUCCCCCCGCACGUCAGACUGGCUGCAGAAGUCCCCACUGCCAACCAUCAUCGGCUCCCCGACUAAGACCAUUUCGGCACCGUUUAAGAUCCCCAAAACACAGGCAUCCUGUAACUUGAUGGCACUGGCGGACAGCCCUGUGCCAACCAAGACGUUGGCGGACGCCCGGGAUAUCUGUGCCCACCAUUGCAGCCCGUACCUCAGUGGGCGCCCGGCUGCUCCCGAGGCCAGCAGGACCUUCGGCAGGUCUGUGAGUACAGGUCGUCUGUCUGAGCAGCCAAUCAGAAUCACUUUGGGUGGACAGGCCUAUCAGGGCAGCACUGACAGCCUGAACGCAGAGCGACCCAUGGACACAGCCCCUGCAGGUCCCAGUGGGCUGGUUCACGGAGGUUCAGCGAGUCCUCGUACCGUCCUUUUCACCGUGGGUUCACCGCCAAACAACAGCACUCCUCCUACCUGCAGUCAUCUGGGCACACGACCACGCACCACCUCGGUGGGCUCCAACAGUUCAGCUGGCUCCCUGUGUUCCACCAGUGGUCGGGUCUAUGUCGGCUCUCCUCCAGGCAUGGCUAUGGGCUCCUCUCCUCCAGGAGGUUUUGGGGCUGGGCAGGUUGUCCCUGGGACUGAGGGGGCACCCAGCAGCCUGCGCUAUGUUCCCUAUGGGACCUCCCCUCCCAGCUUAGAGGGAUUCAUCACAUUUGAGGCCCCUGAGCUGCCCGAGGAGACUCUCAUGGAGCGGGAGCACACAGACACCCUGAUGCACCUCAGGAUGAUGCUGUCAUUCACUGACUGCGUACUGGAGAUGGCAGCAGUGCGAGCCGGAGGAACGGAGCUCGGCGUGUCGGCUGCCUCCCUCUACCCUCCGCAGGACAGUGUGGUUGUGGACCAGAUCAGCCAGCUCAGCAAAGAGUGGGGGCAGGUGGAGCAAUUGGUGCUCUACAUGAAGGCAGCUCAGCUCCUGGCUUCCUCUCUCCAUCUGGCCAAGGCUCAGAUCAAAUCAGCCAAGCUCAAUCCUUCCACUGCCGUCAAACAGGUGGUGAAGAGUCUGAAUGAGCGUUACAAAAGCUGCAUCUCCCUCUGCCGGCGGCUCACCGACAAACUCAACCACUUCUUCUCCGAUAAGCAGCGCUUUGUAGAUGAAAUCAACAGCGUCACUGCAGAGAAGCUCAUCUACAACCAUGCAGUGGAGAUGGUUCAGUCAGCAGCUCUGGAUGAGAUGUUCAAGCAAACAGAGGAUAUAGCCUACCGCUACAGCAAGGCCGCCAUGCUGCUGGACGGCCUGUCCAAGAUCCUACAGGACCCUACUGACAUCGAGAACGUGGUCAAGUACAAGGCGAGCGUAGACCGCAGGAUCUCCGCCCUCUGCUACUGCACUGUCACACUCUAUGAGUAGCAGCCCACACGCACACGCACGCACACACACACACACACCCACCCCCACAGGGACCAUGUCCUAAAACUAUUGACUAGCAUCGUCAUAAAGCUGCUGUUCCCUCCUGUAGCAGUUGAAGCACUUUUCAGCACCUUGACAGCUUUCAUCUGUAUUUCUCAUCAUCCGGGCUGCAUCACAGACUGAAUGCUGACCAGCAACUGAUGCACAAACUUCCAACCAAAGACGACAAUGGAUGCAGAAACAAAAGGCUGAAACCAGAUGUGGAUGUAAUGCAUGAACUUUCAGGUGCGUUUUCCUUGAACGCUAUGAUGGUGGAAAACCAUCUGAUCAACAAUAAAACAAACUAAUGUCCAUCUUUCAGGAUAUCAUGUGUUUUUACCAGAAGAGACGGACGAUGGACAGGACUAUGAGACAGUGUGGUGGUCUUUAAGAGACUCCUCAUGAAGCAGUUCGUGUUUUUUUUAACCUGCUUAUUAUAUGAUAUCAGUGGUAAUUUACUCUGUGUUUAAGUUGUUAUUAUCUUAUUUAUUGGUUCAGAAGAACAUGGAUGUUUGAUUUUCCUGCCUAUCUUGAACCUCAAGUAUUGGAGUGAAAAGAAAUGGAAGAAUUGAGCAAAAGGCUUACGGCCAAUCACUGUAACAGAUCCAGCAGCAUGGAUUUUUACACAAAACAAACUCUUGUUACAGAAAUCAGACAGCCAUGUGAGCAACAGAACCUGGAGAUUUGCUUGUUUUUUAUUUUUCUUGUGUUAGCUCAAGCACUUUACUGCGGACUGAGAGAAAGAGACGUGUGUCUGUACCAGUUCUGAAGAUAGAAAUGUGAAGCCUGAUCACUCCUGCUCCCACCCUCAAAACUCAUGUGCUCUGUAUGCAUGAUAAACAAGUCCAACGAAUGCAUACAUUUCCCACAAGGCGAACAAGCAAGGAAACUUGUCUGGGAAUCAGUGCUGUCAGCCAAAAUCAGCUGGCUACAGCCCAGCUUUGUGGGGCCUCCUCAGUCCUGAUCAGCGAAAUGUUUAGCAGAACCACUUUUCUCUUGUUAGCUGGUUUACAUGAAUAUAUUUGAAGGGGCAUGUCACAGAUUUUACAGCUGAAAAUCAGUUUACUUGACACAGGGAGGCCGCAUCAGCCUGUGAAUUGAAAAAAUAUCCUCUGUGAGUCCGACAGGAGCUUUCUGAAGUCUGAGUGUCAUUCAGAUGAUGUCAUGACGGCCAUCUUAAUUUUGGCUUGAAGAUUUCAACUUUUUUAACAGAUAAGUAUAAAGUGUUAUAAACAGGCAGUGUGGAGUUAGAAAAAUCUAGGCAUUACCACAAAAGAAAAGUAGAACGGCAGAUAAAAUCAGGUUGCAUUAUGAGAGAUGGAGGUUAUUGGAGUGUUUUAGGAUCUUGACCCAUAGUAGAAAUUUAAGUAAGGAUUAGGGCUGUCAGCGGUGCGAUAUAGGUGCACAACAUGUAAUAUUUUGUUAAUUGCCAGCUGGCAUUCCUGUCUUUAACAGGCUGUACCAGGCUGAGUUUUAGAGCUACUGGAGAAACUAGAAGACCCGAUAAAUCAGGUUGUACCAUGUCAUGCUAGCUUCUCAGGAAGGGGGAUAAAUAAAGCUCCAAAGUUAGGCUAAGUUUUGGCAAUUUAAAAACAGAAUGGCCACUUCACAGGGGUCCCUUGACCUCUGACCUCCAGGUAGCUUAAUGAAAAUGGAGUCUGUGGUUACCCAUGAGUCACCCCUUUAUAGACACUUCAUGCUAGUCCUAUGCAGAUUUUUGCUGUCAUUUGAUUCCUAUUUAAGACAAUCUGCAACAAUUGCUUUACCUUGUCAAUAUGAACUUCAUAAUUGUUUUGUAACACAAAAUAAUGGAUUUGAAAACAUGAUUUUAAAAAUGUGAUUAAUUGCAAUUAAGUAUUGAAAUUCUACAAUGAAUUUUGAUUUAAAAAUGAAUUGUUUGACAGCCCUAGUAAGGAUAUAUCAACCUGUGUAGCUUCAAAUGUGAUUGUUGGAAUAUCCCUUAAACUCCAGAUACAGUAGGUAUAUCUGGGAUAUGAAAAAUUAUUAUAUGGGCUAUAAUUUGCACAUAGCCCAUUUUAAGGCUAACCUUUUCUUUUCCACUGACAUGACAGAUGUAGGUGUUCUUAAAAAUUAAACCAACUUUAUUUAAAAAAAGACUUCAAAUCUCAGAAGGACAGGGCAGAGGAGCUAACAUCACCUCUCUAAACCCUGGUGGAGUGAAUAGUGAAACUGAAUGGUCACAUUACUUGACAAGUUAUCUUAAUAUGUUUCAUUUGACUAAAAUACUACAGCUUUUUAUGUUCUGUCAGUAUCUGUAGCUCAUUUUUAACAAAACUUGAUGUUUGCAAAUGUGUACAUAUUUGUGUGUAGUGCAUGUGAUGAUUACUUUGCCCUCUUUUUGGGAGGGGAGUGAGUGCGUGUGAGAUCACAGUUUGAGUUUAGGGGGCGUUGAUGCUAGCAUCAGAUGGCCUGCUUGCCAGUCAAAGAGCACAAAUCUUUCUAUGUACAUAAAUGACUUUGAUACAUUUUAUUCAUGUCUGCCAAGGGUUUGAUAAGGAAACCUAUUUUGGCACAACAGGGGUGCCAAAACUCAUGGCAGCUCCAAAACUUUCCAGAGAACUCUUUCUACCAGGACUGUUCAUUGUUAAGAUCAACACAUUUGUUCAAAUAAUCUUCUGAGAUGAGUGUGAUGUCUUCAGAUUUCAUACUCCAUUUCCCAAAUGUUGUGAUGCUUGAUCAAUCACAAUCUGCACUGCCUAACAUCCCCUCUGUCCCUCUGCCUCCCCUCAACUCAUCUGCUGUGCUCCCAACGGUGUAUGUACUGUAUGUGUGAGUGUAUAUAGACACGCGUGUGCUUGCCAGGUGUGCAUUAAGGCCAGUAGUAUACAGUUCAUGAUGGAAAAGGAGGAGCCAUCUUGUGAAAGCACACGAAGGCGUCCUCCUGUGUACAGGUGUGAAUACAUUCUUUCUCUGUAAAAAUGUAUAAAUGCAUUCACAGGCACCCACUGCUCUCUGGGCCUGUUUCUCUCAUGUACUGUUCUUUUUUUAAAACAUAUCGGGGUUUCCGUUUCUCUCGUCCUUGUCAUGAGCACUCUGAACCACACAAAGCCUUUUACUGUUAACAGAGUGACGAGGGAGGGACGAAUAAAGCUGAUGGAAAGCCGCCGGAGUGUUUGCUCUGUACUGUUCUGUCCAUGGACUGUGUUUAGAUGAAGCAUGGGUACAAAGUCUGCAUUUUACCCUGUAGAACCUUUAGAACCUUGAUUGUAUGUACCAUUGUUUUGCGCCUCUCCAGCUUGAUCUGAAUGCAUUCUGAAAAAAAUCUGCCAUCAGACUCAUGACCCUGAAAAUGCAACACUUUCCAAGCACCAAUUUUUCAAAGAGAAAUGUUAAUGUUAUACUUGUGCCCUUCACCAGGGCUGUCUGUCUUUGUUAUUAAAAAGAGACAAAAAUAAAAUGUUUUGCUGUG